UGGAAAAUACACAGUAUUACUCUGUAAAAUACAAACAUCGCUGAAAAUUCAUGUAUCAUCACUGUGGCCAUUUUGGUGAGGGAUAUUGCAAAUAAAGAUAAUAAUUUAGAUUAAUUGUGGAAUUUAUAGUUGGGAGCAUAAACAUACACUACUUCUAUAUUGUAUGUUGGAGACUACUGGCUGGCAUCGGUGAGGCUUUUAUUGUGAAAAAAUGUAACUUUUCCGGUAUCCGUGUGCUGCCAGCCUUCUUUAGGGUUCACCAAGUGACAACCGGUCGCUAAGCUAGUUAGCUAACCGCUAAGAGGGGUUGUUCGUUAACGUUUUAACAGUCACAGCUGUGCUGUAGUAGACGAUAUCUAAUUACCAGGAUCUAAGUUACGUAUUUAUGGUGGCGUGUAGCUGGCUAUCUUAAGUUGGCCGACGUCAGCUGAAGAGGGAGUCCUCCCUGAAUGACUGACUCGCAGUGUGUGGCUAGCUAGCGAAGAGGAGGGUGGGGACAAAAACUUCAAGACCUCGCCCAGCCGUUGCUUCAUUCCAGCAGGCAGCUACUCUCUUGACGGUGUGAGUGAGCCACACCACUAAAACCAGAUCAUUUUUCAAAGGGAGACUGACACAGUUGUGUCAUCUAAGGGCAAAAAUCAGUAAUCAUGUUCAGAAAAAACUUGAAGAAGGAUCCCGAGCUGUUUCAGAACGUGUCGGAGGGGCUGCGGCGGCUUUACCGGACCAAACUGUUCCCGCUGGAGGACACGUAUCGAUUCCACGACUUCCACUCCCCUGCUCUCGAAGAUGCCGACUUCGACAACAAGCCCAUGGUCCUCCUCGUGGGUCAGUACUCCACCGGAAAAACCACCUUCAUCCGGCACCUCAUGGAGCAGGACUUCCCUGGUAUGCGGAUUGGCCCCGAGCCGACCACGGACUCUUUCAUCGCGGUGAUGCACGGUGAACAGGAAGGGGUGAUACCGGGUAAUGCUCUGGUAGUCGACCCCAAGAAGCCCUUCCGCAAACUCAACGCCUUUGGCAACGCGUUUCUCAACAGGUUCAUGUGUGCCCAGAUGCCUAACCCUGUCCUGGAGAGCAUCAGUAUCAUUGAUACUCCUGGAAUCCUGUCCGGGGAGAAACAGAGGAUAAGCAGAGGUUACGACUUUGCAGCGGUGCUGGAGUGGUUUGCAGAACGCGUAGACCGCAUCAUCCUGCUGUUCGACGCCCACAAGCUGGACAUCUCGGACGAGUUCUCCGAGGUGAUCCGAGCUCUUAAGAACCACGAGGACAAAAUGCGUGUGGUGCUGAACAAGGCGGACCAGAUAAGCACUCAACAGCUGAUGAGGGUCUACGGAGCGCUGAUGUGGUCUUUGGGAAAAAUCAUCAACACGCCUGAGGUGGUGCGCGUGUACAUCGGGUCGUUCUGGGCCCAGCCCCUGUUGGUCCCAGACAACAGGAAGUUGUUUGAGGCAGAGGAGCAGGAUCUGUUCUUGGACAUCCAGUCGUUACCACGUAACGCAGCACUACGCAAACUCAAUGACCUCAUCAAACGAGCACGCCUCGCCAAGGUGCAGGCUUACAUUAUCAGCUCUCUGAAAAAGGACAUGCCAAGUGUGUUUGGAAAGGACUCCAAGAAGAAGGAGCUGAUAGCCAACCUGGGAGAGAUCUACCAUAAGAUCGAGAAGGAGCACCAAAUCUCACCUGGAGACUUCCCCAACCUCGCCAAGAUGCAGGAGCUGCUGAAUGGCCAGGACUUCUCUAAGUUUGCAGCGCUGAAACCCAAGUUGCUGGAGGCAGUGGAGGACAUGCUCGCCAACGACAUCGCCCGUCUCAUGGCCAUGGUGCGCCAGGAAGAGGCCGCCAUGCCCAGCCAGUCCGUCAAGGGUGGAGCCUUUGAGGGAACCAUGAGCGGUCCCUUUGGUCAUGGCUAUGGAGAGGGUGCCAGCGAAGGCAUCGAUGAGCUGGAAUGGGUGGUGGGUCGCGACAAGCCUACAUACGAUGAGAUCUUCUACACCCUCUCUCCCAUCAACGGCAAAGUCUCUGGCGGUGCAGCCAAGAAGGAGAUGCUGAAGUCCAAGCUGCCCAACACGGUCCUGGGAAAGAUCUGGAAGCUAGCAGACGUGGAUAAAGAUGGCCUCCUCGAUGAUGAGGAAUUCGCCCUGGCCAACCACCUCAUCAAGGUGAAGCUAGAGGGCCACGAGCUGCCGCCCACGCUGCCCGAGCACCUGGUGCCCCCGUCCAAACGCAGGACAGCCCUGGAGGCCUAGAGGGGGGAGGGCAGCCUGGAGACCGGCCGUGUCAACGCUUUGCAUCAUGUUUAGGACUCUGCAGACAAAAGUCCAACCACAAGCAUGAACAGCAUCAUCCUCCAUCAAGCUGCGAGUCUCCAGGCUUCCUGACACACCACGAGGAGGUAUCGCUGUGAUCUUUUUCACCAGAGAGAGACUGGAGGGGUUCAGGGGGGAGGUGGGAGGGAGGGGAGGUCCAUCUUUGUGCAUUAGAUAUCUAUUAGAAAUAAACGGCGGGAGGGGGUUGAUUUGCAAACUGAUGAAAGGACGUUACUGGAUCAUAAACUAAUGGGUAUUUGGGGGUUGCAUGAUGGAGCUGAACAUAGAUUUGUGCAUCUAGAUCUGUGUAAAAGAUGUCUCAUAAGUAUCCAGUCCAUAUUAUUAUAUGUUGAUCCAAAGAAAUAGUUUUUUUUUUUUUUCCAUUUGGAGAGAGAAAGGGGAAAUAAAUCAAAACAGCUGUUAGAAUUGUUUUAUGUAUAUUUUUCUAUUUCCUGACUGUUAACUUUGACUCUUUCCAAAUGCUUACCUUUUUAUUAUUUUGCCAGAUAAAUAAAAAGGAAUACUGUACCAUCUGA